CCUCUCCCCUUCCCCUUCCCCAGCCAGAUCAAACGCCCUAGGGUUUCCUUCCCACUCCGCCGUAUCGCCAUCGCCGGAGAUGAAGCUUGCGGGGCUCAAGUCGGUGGACGGGGCGCACGAGGAGUCGGUGUGGGCGGCGGCGUGGGCGCCGGCGGCGGAGCACCGCCCGACGGCGCUGCUCCUCACGGGCGCGCUCGACGAGACCGUCCGCGCCUGGCGCGCCGACGACCUCGCCGCCGCGUCGCCGCCGGCGCGGGGCCACGCGCUCGGGGUGGUAUCCCUUGCCGCCCACCCGGCCGGGGUCAUCGCCGCCGCCGUCUCCCUCGACAGCUAUAUCCGCGUCUUCGACGUCGACUCCGGCGCCUCCGUCGCCACGCUCGACGCGCCACCGUCUGAGGUCUGGGGCGUCCAGUUCCACCCCAAGGGUGUUGCUCUGGCUGCUGCUGGUGGUGGCAGUGGGUCAGUGAAACUCUGGGACACAGAGAAGUGGCAGCCUAUUGCGAGCCUUCCCGUUCCUCGUCCAGAGGGAGCUCGCCCUGAUAAAACAGGCAGCGGCAAGUUUGUUCUUUCAGUUGCUUGGAGCCCAGAUGGCAAGCUGUUAGCCUGCGGAUCCAUGGAUGGCACCAUCGCGGUGUAUGAUGCUGUUCGCAUGAAGUUCCUCCAUCACCUGGAGGGCCACCAUAUGCCAGUGAGGUCGAUGGUGUUCUCUCCAGUGGAUCCCCAUGUGCUCUUCACGGCUUGCGACGACGCCCACAUUCACAUAUAUGAUGCCAAGGAGAAGGGCCUCAUCGGGGCCAUGUCCGGGCACGCGAGCUGGGUGCUGAGCAUUGACGUGAGCCCAGAUGGCAUGGCGGUGGCAACCGGCUCUAGCGACCGCACCGUCCGGCUCUGGGACAUCAACGCGAGGGCGUCAGUGCAGACGAUGAGCAACCACUCUGACCAAGUUUGGGCUGUAGCGUUCAGGCCGCCAGGAGGCGAAGGAGUCCGUGCAGGCCGCCUCGCAAGCGCCUCGGACGACAAGAGCAUCUCCCUAUAUGAUUACUCGUAGUUCUAUGGAUUGGCAAGCCGCAGUACCACCCUCAGAUUUUAUCAUGUGUUCUACAGCCGGCAACUAUCUGGCAAUGAAGGCUGGAUAACUUGUAUAAUGCUGACUGAUCAAUCUCUAACUUGCAAGUUGAACAGGCGGGCUAGUGGUUAGAAGAAGGCUAGUUGUAAACUCAUCUUUUCCUUGCCAGUGAUGAAAACUCUGUUUAUUUCAAUUUCCAGUAAACAGCUUUUGCCUUUUACCGUGCUCA